CCCAGGAGGGUAAUGACAAUCCUUUUAUAAUGCGCUUCACUCAAAAACCCUAGUCGCCAUCGCCGAGCAGCUACAGAAGGAGAGGAGCAGCAGAAGUGAUUCAAUGGGGGCUUACACGUAUGUGUCAGAGCUAUGGAGGAAGAAGCAGUCAGAUGUGAUGAGGUUCUUGCAAAGGGUGAGGUGCUGGGAGUACCGACAGCUCCCUUCUAUUGUGCGUGUCACUAGGCCUACUCGUCCUGACAAGGCACGCCGCUUGGGCUACAAAGCCAAGCAGGGCUAUGUGGUCUACCGUGUUCGUGUGAAACGUGGUGGAAGGAAGAGGCCAGUUCCCAAGGGUAUUGUGUAUGGUAAACCCACCAACCAGGGUGUCACCCAACUGAAGUUCCAGCGUAGCAAGCGAUCUGUUGCUGAGGAGCGUGCCGGUAGGAAAUUGGCUGGUCUUAAAGUCCUCAAUUCUUACUGGAUUAAUGAGGAUUCUACCUACAAGUACUUUGAGGUGAUAUUGGUUGACGCCGCCCAUGCUGCUAUUCGCAACGAUCCAAGGAUCAACUGGAUCUGCAACCCAGUGCAUAAGCAUAGAGAACUUCGCGGUCUCACCUCAGCCGGUAAGAAAUACAGGGGACUCCGAGGAAAGGGACAUCUUUUCCACAAAAAUCGCCCAUCAAGAAGGGGAACCUGGAAAAGGAACCAGACUCUGUCUCUCCGACGUUACCGCUGAUCUGCUUGACCUUUGUGAGAGAUUGUCGCUUGCUUAGUUUUUUGUUCUCAUUAUCUGGUUUUAGCCCUUUUAUCUUGAGACAAGCUCAGCUCACUACAUUUUUGAACAUCUAAAUUUGUAUUGAAAUAACUAUUUUCUUGCGGCGAAUGGAUUGCGUGCAACUUUUAUAAAACAAUAUAUAUGCAAGUAAA